CCCGUCCCCCAGUCCAGCUCCAUGGAAACGCCCAUUUCGAACCAGCGUGUGCUUCAUGAAGGUUCUCCAAACCCACGAUUUCACUGGACUCGGCGCUUUGAAGUUUUCUUUCCACCCUUGCUGUUAUUCCCACGUAGCAUAAUAAUAUCAAGGUGGCGCGUCGAGACCAGGAGAUCUAAAAUUACUAUUCCCGCCAAUGAUAUGCGGUACACCCUGCUUCCUAGCCUUCAUCUACCUGCCUGCGUCCUCCCGAACCGUUUUCGGCCCCCAUGCUACCUCUAUAUUCCCCUCCCCCCUCGACGGCCGCUCAUGGGCCGGACCUCUUGGCACCACUAUGAGGUUCCACCUAGGCUAAUAUGUUCGUCCUGCUCCCCUGGCGUUAAUAUUUCCCCCCUUUCCCCUGUCGUCUUCUUUCCCGCCGACUCCAGGCCUCGCAAAUAAUACCAAGUUACUCGGGGCAACACUAUAUCCUGAAAAAAAAAGUCAUGAGAAGUGACCUGUUCAGCUCUUGUACCAACAAGCUUCAAGGGCAUCUCCUUACAACCCCUUGUACUCGCACACCUUCCAAGCUCCCUCCACUUUCCUCUUGCACACCUGGCUUCGGGCUGAAUACCCGCUAGACGCCACAUCUGCCCUUCGGCCUUUUAGCCUACAGCCCUACUUGGUGGAGAAGUCAUGGGCAUUCCUCACGACGAGAACCUCCCCGAGGUGGCGCCGGGGAAUGACCCCCAGACCAUGCCGGAUAGCUCCCCGCAAGCCCUCACGGCACAGGAGGCGCACGCCCACCAGCAGUUCUUUGAAGGCGGCGCUAAAUUCCCAGACGCCAGUCUCGAUAGCGCAAAGUUCACGACUGCGCCGCCCGACGGGUUCGAGUCCGGGUUUUACCAUGAAAACUCCCGAUCCCAAGACCAGCAGAGCAGCCCCCCGUGGAACUCUCCGGCGCCUUCCAGCGCUGUCACGGGGCUCCGGGCUGGCUCGGUGCCCAUCGGGAGCAGCCAGUUCGGCUCCGAGGAAGAGAAGGGAGCCAGCGAACGAGGCGAGCGUAUCUGCGGCUUGAAGAAGCGCAUCUUCUAUAUGGCGCUGGCCGCGUGCAUCAUCAUCGUCUCCAUCGUGGUCGGUGUCGGCGUCGGCGUCGGCGUCAGCUUGGGCUCCCAGCAGGCCAAGGCGUCAGGCCAGCCGAGCGCGCCAGAUGGUGGCUCUAGCGACAGCUCCCCAGCCGGUACUUCCUCGCCGCCGCCACCGCUGGCGCAGCCCACAAACAAGGUUCCGCCGACCAAGCUCAACGAAACCCGGCUCAAUGGCCCGUUCAAAUUCCAGGGCUGGUCCGGCAAAAACUUCACCGGAGAGAGCACCGAGGUGGUUAGGGGUGUCGGUAUCACGCAGUUCGCCUUUGACAUCCGCAGCUACGUUUGGGACCCAGACGGCUUCACAUGCUGCGUCAGCUUCUGCAACGAGACCGUGUCGGAGCACGGCUACUACCGGUGCCAAGUACUUUCCCAGCCCCAGCCCGUGGGUCCCUUCAAUAGGAUUGUCACGCUGUGCGGCGGUCUCGAGGUCACGAAUCAGGCAGCGUCUUGUUCUUGAGGCCAUGGGUGCAACACAGCCCUUCUCUGAGCAGAGCAACCAACCCAAAACCUGUCGUUUUUCCCGGUCCCUUGAGGUUUCUCCCAUACUUUUGCCCAAAUCCGCCAACUUUCCCCGUUACAUUGGAUGGUAUUGUAGUGCCUGUUUCCCGAUAACGAUGGCUGGGUAGCGCCAUUUCAAUUUGUCUUGUUUAACCUUGGUCCUAACUGCUCCUCAUUUUCACCCAACCACCAGCAAUGACAGUUAUCACUGUUUCACGUCUGCGUGGCACUGCGCUGGCUAGAAUCUCCUCCGAACGCGCCAUGCUUAUCUAGAUAGUACAGUAACAUGCGACAAGGGUACAGUAUCCGGCGGAGCGCCGGAUUUGAGGGGCUGCGGAGGAUCCCUCUGUCGGCCGACGGUGAUCGAGUGGCUAGCGAGAGUGCCCACACAAGCACAUGAGUCAUGCAGCGGGCUCCCCUGUCUUGUAGCGCAUUUGCGUGUUCGUGUUGGCUGAGAUGUGCACGCCAGAGCCGGGAUCCUAUCCAGAAGUCGGGAAACGCACCCGGCCUCAGCUUUUAUGGCGCUAGGAGCACCCAAAGACCUUCUAGCUUGUCGGGCUAUUAAAGCUCUUAAUCCCCCUUUAUUUUCGAUACCUUUAUGGGCCUUACCGAAGCAUCAUCGCGUUC